UCUUCAAAGUUUUGAGUGCGGAAGUGAAUGAUCGCCCUUUAGUAUAUUUGGCUUGUACAAAAAAUGCAAGAAACUGACAUAUUUUGUCGUUUUAAAUCAGAAUGUCGCUUAAAAGUAAACUUAAAUCAUUUAUAAAAAAGCAGGUAACAAACAGUGAGGACAACCAUCCAUCACCAAUAGAAGAAAACAUCAGCCAUGAACUGUUUAAUGGGGAGCCAGCUGUAGCAAAGUUCAAGCAUGAGCAGUACAGAUCCAAUCCCCAGGAAGAUCAGGAAGUAAUAGAUAAGAUAGAUAAAGAAUACUUUGAAGAUGUGGAUCCAAGUCUAUAUGAGUUAGAAAAAUUGCCAGAGGUUUUAAAUUUGGAGCAAGUUGAUGAUGACAGGACAAGAUUACGCCGCCAGUUACAGGCAGUUUCCAAGAAAGUAUCUGAGGUUGUGUUACAGAACCACCCAGCCUAUGCAGCAGAGUUACAGAGAGUUAUGGAACUACAGAAAACAUUACAGCUUGCCAGUAUCAUCUGUAAAAAUGGUCGCGGGCAACUAGCUGAAGCCAGUUCUACAUUUACAAGAACCAGUCUUCACCUGCUUGCCAAUGUUAGAAAACGACAGCAGUUGCAGUCUCUCCUUAAAUCUCUCAGAACUAUCAAGACAUUGCAAAGAACAGACAUGCGCUUGAGAGAGAUGAUGGAGGAGGAAGACUAUUGUGGUGCUAUACAGCUGUGUCUGGAAUGUCAGAAGGCAGCACUUACACUCAGACAUUACAAAUGUAUCAGUGAGUUGAGCUCAAAGUUACAAGACACACUAGAAUUGAUAGAGGAACAGUUAGAUAUUGCCCUGUCUAAAACAUGCUCCAAGUUUGACAUUGCUCAUUACGAGAAGGUUCAGAUGGCAUACACGCUACUUGGUAAAAGACAGACUGCAAUAGACCAGUUACAUCUUCACUUUACCAGUGCUAUACAAAAUGCAGCAUUCCAGAUUGUGUUAGGAUAUGUAGAACUAUGUUCACCAUCUCAGGAUAAACAAUUUAAUAGACUACAGUACUCAGAUCUCUGUAAACAUGUGACGAUAGAGAGCUUCACGCCAUGUUUGAAAGAUCUGUGUAAGUCGUUAUGGGGUGUGAUGCGAAGUUACUACAAUACAAUACGAUGGCAUGAAGAGCACGACCGUCUCGAUACUGUACAGACAGAUGAAGCAUCUAGUGAUGCAGAUUCAAUGAACACAGUCUAUAUCAAGCAGAAGCUUGAACAUGGACUGGGUCGGAUAUGGCAGGACAUACAACAGAAAGUUAGGACGUACAUUCUAGGAAUAAAUCUCUCUGCGUUUAAACUUGAGGAAUUUAUACAAUUCCUUGAUACAGUCAAUAGGAUGAUUGAUAUAGGUGAAGAUUUCUGUGAUAGUAAGUCAGAACAUUUACAGGACUGUCUCAAACACAGAGUUGAAUACUCAAAAUCCCCAGGGUUUCAGUUUUUUUCAAUGCAAAAGAGAAACAACAAGAAUUUUCCGACGAAACAUAACAGUGCAAUUCGGUCCAAGCGAGCAUUGAGAACUGAACCACAUAUUAUAGAGUCUACCAUACAAGCAACAAAUCAAGAAGAGCCUUCAGCUGCAAAAGAGCUAAACAUCACACAGGCGACGUGUCUCAGAAUAGAUAGACCGUAA